CCGCCCCCCAGGGAGGAUGGCUGGGGCCAGGAUCGACAGGGUGACCCGACACCCCAUCUUUAGCAUUCCACAUUCGGCCCGUGUCACCGGCCUGGCACUUGACGAGGACGCCAGCUAUACCAUCGAGCUGGUGGGCGUGGGGUCCGAGGCCGGCGGCUGGAGACGGGGCGAGUCCGAGGUGUGGCCUGAAGACCGCAAUGCCCAGCUGGAAGAGGGAGUAGGCAGGAGAUGGGUGUCCUCCAGCAGCGAGCGGGCCUUCGCUGGCCAGCCCCUCUAUCUGCCAGAGGAGGAAGAGGAGAAAGAGCUGGCUUACUACUUGGGGCCCAAGGGUGCUCCCACCAGGUGGCCGCGGGAGCCGGAGAUGGAGCGCUGGACUGUGGUCCAGGAGCAGGUGGUCAGCAGAAAUGGCACAGUAGCAUCUCUCGGGGCCACCCCGGGGCACGGGGACGUCCAACCUUCGUUCAUGCCCCUGGAGGACAGUUCCAUCGACCGGGAGCAGAUCGACUUCCUGUCGGCUAGGAAGCAGUUCCUUCUCCUGGAGCAGGAGAAUGCUGGAGUUCCCUGGAGUCCCCCGGCCAGGGUCAGCGCGGCCCCCAAGGCCUUCAGUGGGCACCGCCUGGCCAACGGGCACGUCUCCAGCGCGGAGAAGGAGGUGGACACAGAAAACUCUGAGCGAGGCCGCAGCUGGCUUCCAGCACCCCGGGAUCCACCCCGGGACGACCCUGGACGCAGCAGCUGGCUCCCGCCACCCCGGGAGGACCAGGGCCGUGGCACCUGGCUCUCGGCACCCCGGGAUCCACCCCGGGAGGAUCCGGGCCGUGGCGGCUGGCUCUCUGAGCCCCCGGAUCCACCCCGGGAGGACCCCGUGGCGUCCACAGAGCCCCCCAAGGAGACGCCCAUCGAGCGGGAAAUCCGCCUGGCCCAGGAGCGCGAGGAGGCCCUGCGCGCGCAGCGGGGGCUGCGGGGAACGGGCGGCGCCCCGGAGCUGGUGCACAUCCCCACCCGGCAGCUGCUGGCCUCGGUGAGCCUGAGCGAGGCCCCACGCCGCGAGCGCGGCCGCCCCUCUCUGUAUGUGCAGCGGGACAUGGUGCAAGGGACGCAGCGCGAGGAGGACCACCGGCGUCAGGGUCUUCAGACGGGCCGCGCGGCCACUCCCGAUGCGCUCGACGGGGAGCGCCAACCCGGGCUCCGCAGGGCCUUCAGCUCGGACUCCGUCCUGGGCCCCACCAGCCCGGACGCCCGCGCGGCCGACCCCGCACCCGAGGUGCGGAAGGUGAACCGCAUCCCACCCGACGCCUACCAGCCCUACUUGAGCCCCGGCGGCCCCCCACUCGAGUUCUCCGCCUUCGGAGUGCCCCGCCGUCCUGCCGGGGUCCACACGCAGGUGGCCAAGGCCACCAUCACCACCACCGCAGCCGCCGCCGCUGCCCCGAAGCCCCCCGGGGAGCCCCUGCAGGCCGACGGGGCCGUCGUGCGGGGCCAGUACUUCCGCCUGCAGCCGCUGCGGUUCGGGGUCCCCGGGGCGGCCCCGCCGGUGGAGGCGACCCCCAGAGUCGGGGCCCGAGAGGCGGCCAGGGCCUGGGAGGCGGCCGGGGCCUCGCCGUGGCGGCUGCAGAGGUCCGCGUCGUCCGACCUGCUGGAGCGCGAGGUGGAGAGCGUCCUGCGCCGCGAGCGCGAGGUGGCCGAGGAGCGCCGGGGCGCGCUCCUGUCGUCAGCUGAUGAAAGCUGGGAGCCAAGCUCCAGGAGCUCCUCCCGAGCGUCAGGCAUCACAGGAAGCUACUCCGUGUCCGAGUCGCCCCUGGUCUCCCCCGUCCAUCUGCACUCAGGGCUAGUGUGGCGAGCUGAGGCUCCAGCAGAGCCCACGCAAAGGCCGACAAGAAGGUCGUGGUACGCGGGCAUCAACCCCUCAGAUGGUAUCAACUCAGAGGUGUUGGGAGCCACACGAGUGACGCGACACAAGAAUUACCUGGCGGAGCGCUGGGAAGCUGGCAUCUAUGCCAGCGAGGACGAGGACUGAGCCCCGGGAACCGGGCCUAUGGCUAUGGCGCAGUCAUGUAUGUCCCUUCCCUGGGGUCUGCAGCGGGAGGAGGCUGGCUCCCCACACGUGAC